UCCAUAAUUCUUUUUGCCCUUAACAAGGAAACUUCCCUUCGUCCACCGUCCAAACUCUUGUAUCGUUGUCUGACAACAACCGAUCUGUUGGUUGGUCUUGUUAGCCAGCCUCUCGUUGUUACUUAUUGCAUGUCCUUGGUUUGCAAACACUGGGGUCUUUGUCGAUACACAAGGGCCGCAGUUUACGUAUCAAGCUUUGCAUUAUGCCCAGUGUCUUUCCUAGCGUUGACGGCCAUAAGCGUGAACAGACUUCUCACUCUGUUAAUGGUGAUAAGAUACAUACAAAUAGUAACUUUCAAGCGCACAUGUAUCAUUACAGCUACGUUUUGGAUUUUAUCCGUCGCCGCGGGAUCAUUUUCCAUUUCACAUACUCGAAUAACCCGUUGGUAUAGUGCUAUAGUUAUACUGUCAUGCUCAGUGAUCUCAAUCACCGCGUACACAAAGAUAUUUCGCACUUUUAGACAUCAUCAGGCUCAAGUACAAGAUCAUUUUCAACAACAGCCGAGCUAAACAACUGCUCUGAACAUGGCGAGAUAUAGAAAGGCGGUGAGCAGUGCACUGUGGGUGCAGUUAACAUUAGUUGUUUGUUAUGUACAAAAAUUUACAAUGCUGGUUGUGAUCACUUAUAGGAAAACUUAUUCUUCAUAUGAAGUCGUUAUUGAUGGAAUUACAAUUAUAUUAAUGUAUUUUAACUCCACCUCGAACCCUUUAUAACUGUUCUAUAGCAAUUUAUUUCAAGACUGUUAUAAUUUAAUAAUGAAUAAAUAGUUUGAAUUUUUAUCAUUUCCUUCUUCGUUUUGUUUUUGUUUUUCAAUAUUCCAACUUCUCGAUAUUUUUACAAAGAGGAGAUACACAGCUGGUCGGUGAUUCGUAGAACGUGUUUCAAGUAAAUCCAUAAACAAAGAAUGUAUUCUGGAUACUUGCAAUUGAUUCGCUUUUGUAGUUUCUCAUUUGGCUGAAGAUCACAUAAUUUUCAAUGUUUUAUUGAACGCUAUUUUACAGCGGGAACGUGAUUUUGCGGAUCGACAAAUAUCAUCAAAAUCAAGUUAGGUUUACCGUUUCUGACCAAUUCCUAUUUUUUAUCUACAGAAAGGUUUUUUAAAAAAAGUAAUAAACUAGCAGAUGUCUUUAUCCCUACAAUUUUUAUCAGCUCUUAUUCAGUAUGCUUUCUUGAAGGAAAUUUAUCAGCCAGAGCGACACCUUUUAUGGGGUUGAUUUAUGCAAGGCAACCCUCCAAAUUUCAAGACAGGUGCAUAUGUAUAAAUAUGUAAUAGUCUCGACAGACAGUUUUUUCAACCAAUUUAAAACAAGUAGGAUGCAUUAAAGAAGCUUUUAGUGUUGAUGAUACAAAGAAUGAUAAUAUUUCACUAAUUCUUUGCCAGGUGGUUGCUGUGAACAAGUAUUAUCCCGUGUUGCCAACAGUUCCGAAAAACAGUAGCGAAAGGAGAAAAACCGUUUUAAGAGCUGCACAAUGAUUACAACGACAAACUCAACAGUGGGUGGAAUAGAAGGAUAUAAAGUAUUGCUAUGUUCCCCCUCCUUAGUAGUUGGGUUUCAACAACAAUCGAUUUCUUUCUCAGCAAUUAACAUUUUCCUCUCCAUCACAGCAUUUCUUGGGAAUUUUCUAAUCCUCGUUGCCCUUAACAAGGAAUCGUCCCUUUAUCCACCGUCCAAACUCUUGUAUCGUAGUCUGGCAACAACUGAUUUGUUGGUUGGUCUUGUUACCCAGCCUCUCGCUGCUACUCAUUGGAGGUUCUUGGUUCACGAACAUUGGAGUUUUUGUCAAUACGCAAAGGGCGCAGCCUUCAUAUCGGGCUUUGUAUUAUGUUCAGUGUCUUUGUUGACGUUGACGGCCAUAAGCGUGGACAGACUUCUCGCUCUGUUGUUGGGAAUAAGAUACAGACAAAUAGUAACGUUAAAGCGAACAUGUAUCAUUACAGCUUCUUUUUGGAUUUUAUCCGUCGCCGCUGGGUUAUUUUCCAUUUUGCAUAAUCAAAUAGCCAUUUCGUGUUAUAUUAUAGGCAUACCGUUAUGCUCAGUGAUCUCAAUCGCCUCGUACACAAAAAUAUUUGGCACUCUUAGACAUCAUCAGACUCAUGUACAAGAUCAUGUUCAACAACAGCCGAGCCAACCAAAUGCAAUGAACAUGGCGCGAUACAGGAAGGCAGUAAACAGUGCACUGUGGGUGCAGUUAGCAUUAGCUGUUUGUUAUGUACCAAAAUGUAUAAUCUUGAUUGUGAUCUGUCAUGGAAAAACUCAUUCUUCUCAUGUAUUCGUUAUAAAUGCAAUAGCAAAUAUUUUAACAUAUUUUAACUCCACUUUGAACCCGUUUCUCUACUGCUGGAAAGUCAGAGAAGUGAGACAAGCAGUAAAGCAGACAAUCCGACGAGCACUUUGCUUUCUAUGGACUUAGAUGCAUUAAUCAGGCGUAAUUUGAAGGGAAAGAAAAAAGAAGAUAGAAUGAAACAAACACCAUUUUCAGCACUUAUUGUGUUCUAGAUGCCUUGGUGUUUGUCAAUUCGUGCUAAUAAGUAUCAAAUCAAAGCAAAGUACCAUUAAAUUUUCUAACCUCGUUGGCACACAAAAAUAUUGAAAAGCAAAAGUAAUAUCACCCAGAUGCCGAGAGGUGCAAUCUGUUUUACUUUUCUCCGAUAUACUGUAUGGCAGGGCAUCUGUAAGCUCGCUGCUCAGUUUCUUGCCAAAUCCUGAAGCUGUCUUCUGCUCAUUCCAUUUUUUUUUAAAUUGAUCUAGUGGGCCAUAUAAUAACAAGACGCUAUGGUGGACUAAACUGCUCCAGAUUAUAAGAGGACAAGUUAUUAAAAUUGAACGAAAUGAACUCUUUAAGAAAGAAAUAUGUCUCGGCCUUAAAAGAGAAAUCGUAGAAGUUAGGAAAGUUAAUAAAGAUGAAAAAUGGAUGGACGGUUUGAUGGCUUAGUGACUUUAUAUUUUUGACCUAUUAUAGUUCCAUCGCGUCCUUGUGAGAGACGAAAGGAAGAUCAAAUAGCUUGUAGAUGUUUCAAUAACGAGACAUCAAUGAGACACUGUUUGAAAUUGUUAGGUAUCUAAGUCCACGGAAUAAUUUUGAAUAAUUUUAUAUGUUCAAAGAUUUUAACGGUUACGACUUUUAUCUGAGAAGUGUUUCCGCGUAAUAUGCAAAGAUUGCGGUGGAAGUUUAAGUCAUGCAAUUGGAGAUCAUUUAUGCUUUGCGGGAACAAAUGUCUCUCCGAUUCCAGAUGCGUUAAAUCCUAAAAUUUAUUCUAAGAACGAGGAGAAUCUUGUAGAAUCUGAGGAAGACUUUAGGGAAUCAUAUGGUUUCCAGUACGGAAGUGAGGGGAGGUCAGUCGUAGCUAACAGAGUACAACGAGGAGACUAAAGAAAAGAGUUAUAUUGUUUAUGUAGUCUAGAAAACGUGGGAAAUUGGCCGUCGCGGUUUCUGAGUGACUUUCUUUUGAUGAUAGAUGGUUUUUCCGAAGGAAACUUUUAAGGGAAAGGAAAAAUAAGAUAAUAUUGACACAUAUUGAACAUAUUACAAGGAAAAUUCAAAACGAAUGGUCAGUAAACACCAUGUUAUAUUGCAGUAAAAAGAGAAAUACGGAAUUUAAUUAUAGGAUAAUUUCUCGUGUUACUGAUAUGUUUGCAAAAGAAGCAAGAUCGUGACUUUCAAAAUUAAAAUUUGAAUUUCGAAUUAAAUUUCAUUCCAAAUAAAUGUGACUGCAAUGAAUGGUUCUUGAUUGCGGAUAAUUCAAAAGCCCAAUAUCAUUUUUCUCUGAGUGACUCAAAAAACAGAAAAAUACACGUUUAAAAAAAAAGAAAGUUAUAAUUUCUUGAAUAUUCCAAUAUUUUGACAUUUUAAUAGGCAUUUUUGCUAUCCAGUAUUUUACUGUAAUGAAUCAAAGUGGUCGAUCCAUUUUAGCAAUUCGUAACCAUAAAUCGAUCAAAUUUGGUUUCUCAGCGUUCACGCUCGAGUAACUUUCAAUUUCGAAAACAAAGACAAUGCAACGGAAGAAUUAAAGAUUGCAACCAGCUGCCGCUCGAAUGAGACUGAGAGAAAUUAAAGAGUAUGGAAUAAUGAAUAAAUAUUGAAAUGGCUUCCUAAGGGUCUGAUGGUUUAGUUAAGUAACAUUUUGCAAGGUUCCUUUUAAUAAUAACUGCCGGAUAUAUUUAGAUAACGAAACUAAACGUCAAACAUUUUUCUCCAAUUUCUUCAAAUCUACGGCCAUAGAUCGAUUUUCAGUUGUCAGUUAAAUGUGUUCGGUAUUAUGACUGUUUUUAAUUUACUUUACAAGACUGUUUUUCGUGUGCCAUAAAGAAUUUAUGAGUCUUAUUUUUGCGGAUUGAGACAAUUUGUGCAUUGAGGAAAAAAUCAUGUCCGCCUCUACAUGACUGACAGUUUCAUAAGUAAAACAUUAGCCUGAGGGCGGAUGUUCUACUGAAAGGACAGAAAGGAAGGAAGGAAGGAAACAAAUAAUUUGACUUUUUAUUAUUUCCUUUUUCCAUCUUCUCUAUAGUUUUACAAAGAGGAAGUAUCUGAAUAUAUUCAGCAUUUAUUCGCAUCUGAAUAUAUUCGCAUCUGAAUAUAUUCAUAUAGAUAUUUGCGCCGAAUAAGUAUUUGUUAUUAAAUAAAGUAAACAGCUGGUAGGCGAGUAGUCGAUAGAUGUUUCGAGAAAGUCCGAAAACAAAGAACGUGCUCUGUAUACUUGCAAUUGGUUCCCUUUUGUAGUUUCUCAUUUGGCUGAAGAUAACAAACUUUUGCAAUGUUUUAUUAAACGCGAUUUUCCAGCGGGAAUGUCAUUUUGCGGAUCGACAAAUAUCCUCAAAAUCAAUUUAGCUAUACCGUUCCGGGCCACUUGUUAUUUGUUCUUUUAACAGAAACAUUAAAAAAAAUCAUAAUCUAACAAAUGUCUUCAUCCACAAAAUUUUUAUCAGCCAAAUGGACACCUUAUAUGAGGUUUAUUGAUACAAGGCAUACCCUGCAUACCCUCUAAAUUUCAAGAAAAGUAUAUAUGUAUUGUUAUGCAGUAGUCUCGACGGAGAGUUCCUUCAAACAAUUUAAAACGAGUAGGAUAUAUUGAAGUUUUAAGUGUCGAUGAUAUAAAGAAAAACAAUAUUUAUUUGUUUCUUGGCCAGGUAGUUACUGUGAAGAAAAAUUAUUCCGUGUUGCUAGCAGUUCCAAACUGAACAGUAGCGAAAAGAGAAAAACCGUUUUAAGAGCUGCACGAUGAUUGUGACGACAAAUUCAACAGAGGGAGGAACACAGACGGAAACAUAUGAAGUAUUGCCAUGUUCCCUAUCCUUGUUAGUUGGGUUACAACAAGAAUCGAUUUAUUUCUCAGCAGUUAACAUUUUCCUCUCCAUCACAGCAUUUCUUGGGAAUUUUCUAAUCCUUGUUGCCCUAAACAAGGGAUAUUCCCAUCAUCCACCCUCCAAACUCUUGUAUCGUUGUUUGGCAACAACUAAUCUGUUAGUUGGUCUUGUUAGGCAGCCUCUCGCUGCUACCUAUUGGAUGUCCUUGGUUCACGAACACCGGAGUCUUUUUUGAUACGCAAGGGACACAGUCUACAUAUCAAGCUAUGCAUUAUGUUCAGUGUCUUUGUUCACGUUGAUGGCCAUAAGCGUGGACAGACUUCUCGCUCAUUUGUUGGAAAUAAGAUAA